AUUUCUCAUAUGAAAAAAUGCAUUAAUUCCCAAGAAUCUCCACCAAAACCAAAACAUGUCAGAGCCAUUGUUUUGGAAACACAUCAGCAGAAGUCAACUGCAUUUUUAUUUUCAGCUAUACAUGAUCUUCCAGUUUUAACGAAUCAAGUUGCAUGCUGGAAGUUUCUCAUCGUUUUUCAUAAAGUUAUGCGUAGUGGUUAUAGAGAAUAUCCAACCAUUCGUGGCGAUUUAGAAAUUUCUCAACAAGAUAUUAUGCUUUCGAUUGGACGAACUCCAGAAAGCUUAAAUGCUUUUGCCGUAGCACUGCUGGAUUACUUUGAAAAUUUGCUGAAUUUUCAAUCUGUUGUUCUGGGAACAAUUGAUCGCAGCGAAAGCUCAUCAUCAGUCUCCAAUCAGUGUCGUCUUGCCGCCCUUACUCAAUGUAUUCAAGAUUGUGCUACUCUUUACGAUAUGUCACUAAAAGCGCUCAUUAAACUGCAUGCUCUACUGCCUCCUGAAUCGUUGGCUUCUUCACGAGAUCGCUUCUACAGAUUGUAUACUCUUCUUGAACGAUUCUUUCUUCGCGCUAAUACUUUCGCCUACAUUCGCGACGUCUUAAAGAUCCCUUCGCUUCCAAGUGUUCAACCAAACUUAUUGGAUACUGGGAAUGGAGUUCAAAGCAUUGGAGUUGUUGAAAUUCGCGAAGAUGAAGUACCAAAUCUGCUUAUUGAUUUGACAUCCGAGUACGUAAAUCUGGAACAGGGGUCAUUGAAGGGUGAAGACGUAGAUGCCAUAUUUGGUGUAUCACCAGAGACUCGUUCUUCCAGCGCAUUCCGUGCCCCUACGACGAGCAAUGAAGCUCAUGAAGUUGAAACUCUUCGAGCAGAAAUGCAACGAAUUCAGAUGGAGAAAUCCAUUACCCAGGAUCAACUUGUUGAACGUAUACGAACAAUGGAAAAUGAGACCAAAGCAUUGAUUGAUGUCAAAUUUCGACAAGAUGAUCAAUUAACUCGUUUGGUUGAAGAGGUGAAAGCACAAACCGCACUUGCAGCAGCCAAUGAAGAGAAAUUUAUCAAAUUCCGGGAUGCUUAUGGCAAGUUACGUGGAGACUACAUUGGUCUACUUCAACAGGUACUUUUUAAUUCUUCUAUGGAGUCAGUCGAAAAUAGUAAUGAAAUGAAGCAAAGACUUAUGCAAUUGGAAUCGGAGCAGGUUACAUGGCAGGAUACGAAGCAGCAGUUGGAAAAGCAAUUGGCUGAUGCUCGGUUGUCACUGGAGGCGGCGGAAUCAAAGUCAGCUAGUCUGACAGGUCAAUUAGAAAGUUCUCGAAAGAUCGCUGAACGGGAAACAUGUGACCUUCUGCUCAAAGCCGCAUGCGUGAAGGCUAAACAGGAUGUGAAUUCAAUCAUCACUCUAAUGAACAACUCAGAAUUUGUCCAGUGUCGCAGUUGUGCUGACGUGGUCAAUCAGUUCAUCAAAAGUGCCAAUGCAGAAGUUAUGAGAUUAAAGGACAUAAUCUCAGACAGAGAGGGCAAAGAUUUUGCCAAGCUACCUCUGAAUAUUGCUCACCUUUCCUCAUGUCUCAAUGCUAGCGCUCUUCAUGCAAAAGCUAUUGCCAAUUCUGCUGCAGAUAUUGUUAAAUCUGACGAAUUAACGGCCAACUGUCGGCGCAGUUUAAACAAUAGUCUUGAGAUCUACUCUCAUCUAGUCAGCUCAUCCGUACUUGAAGAAUGGCGCCGGACAGAAGUGCUAGGUCAGUUGGACAGUGUGGCGUCCGCUCUCUUGCGAAUUCAAAUGCUUGCCGAAGAAUUGCGACCACACAUCAAGGAUGUUAAUGAGGAAGACCUUGCUUCAGCUUUGGAACGUGAAAUGCAACAUACUGCUGAGUUAAUUGCUCGUGCUGAAGCUAGAUUCAACGAACUUCUGGAGCAAUCAAAGACAUCUAUGACUGGAAUUCAGCUGGAAGUUCACAGCAAGAUUUUGGGCACUUGUACAGAGCUCAUGUCUGCUAUUGCUCUUCUUGUUGCUAGGGCACGGGAACUACAAUUGGAGAUUGUGAAUGAGGGUAGAGGGGCGGCAACGAUCAAGGAAUUCUAUAAGCGCCAUAAUCGAUGGACUGAAGGUCUUUUCUCAGCUGCGAAAUCCGUUGGUGCUGGGGCCAACUUGCUAGUGUAA